AUGACUUCAUCGGAAUUAAUCAAGAAUAUGGAGAUGCAAAUGGUGGAAGACACUAAUUUCGAGGACGAUGAGUUCGCUUCAAUGUCUAUCGAAGACAUUAUCAAGGCUUCCCGUCUCCUGGAUAAAAUCAGGAUCCUAAUGAAAGAGUCUCAGAGGAUUAAUUAA